UUCUAUACAGUGUGUACAUGGGAACAAACAUAUCCGCUAUACACUAAUUUUGUUUACACAUUUGCUAUUUUUGUGAGCAUUGUAGUCAUUAGUUCGUUGUUUUUUUGUUUUGCCAGAGGCUGCAAUGGUUCUGCGAAUUUCAACAGCAUUAAUUCCUCACCGCAAGCAAUUUAUUUCGGCUAACAAACAUGCCGAUGAGACGCUGAAAAAUUGGUACGACCGUUUAAAGGACCUUGCGGUACCAUGUGAUUACGGAAUGCAUUCAGAGGCCUUUAUUCUGAACCAAUUCAUCUGCGGUCUGGAUGCAUUGAUUCUGGAAUAUUUCGGCACGGAACAGACCGAUUUAUCGGUGAACGAUGUGUUUGAUUUGACAAAGAGCGUCGAGCCUGUGGAUGUUGUAAAUGAGCCUGAGGAUGUGAAACAAGUCUUGGUGAGCAUAAAAUCCGAAGAGGUCUAUAUAUCGGAGGAUGAGCAGCACUACAACGACAAUACGUUCAGCAGUAGUGAGGACGACGAACAAGGAACAGCAAAUGAAUUAAACAAUGCGCGACCGACGGAUACAAAAACAGAGGAAAAUGGGGUGAAAAGUAGUGUGAGAAAGGAUAACAUUCAAGCGAUGGUGCCACUGAUGGCGGCAAGGGCAACAAAAUCGAUGAAACCUCCACAAUCGUUCGAGUGCUACUUUUGCCACAAAACUUUUAAAACGGCUGGUAGACUGACGUAUCACUUUACGUGUUACCACUCAUUCCGGAAACCAUCAAAAUCGACUGUCAAACGUACAAUUGACUUACCACGUCCCGAAUCUUACGAGUGCUAUGUGUGUCACAAGACAACGCAACUGGCCGGUCACUUGGUGUAUCACUACAAGUUAUACCACACAACAACCGGAAAAUCGACGACCUGUCCACUGUGCGGAAAAUAUGUUGCCGACAGCAGCAAUAUGGUUCGUCACUUGAAUUUUCAUCUCGGCGAGCACUACCAUCGUUGUGAUUUGUGUGGUGUGGGGUUCGUAACUCACAAGUUCCGGGAACAACAUUCCAACAGGCACAACAACCCGAGCGCAAAGAAGUACAAGUGCAAAAAAUGUCCGAAAGUAUUUGUUAUGAAGAUUCAUUAUAAGAAGCAUGUGGAAGAGCAUAAACGACCUCCACUCAGCCUACGUGAAACGUUGGACAGUUUAAUGAACACGAAGACAACCCAGACUGGAAAAUACAAAUGUGUUAUUUGUGCGGCGCAGUUUGGCAAAGAAAGCGAACUGACUGCCCAUACGAAAGAGCACGACGAAAACAAAUUUCUAUGCCAUCUGUGCGGAGCCAAACUGAUGAAUAAACGGAAUUUGAUCGUCCAUUAUCGAGUCCACACCGGAAAACCGUUUAAAUGUGACGAAUGCGGUAAAACAUUUUCCACCAAGACAAAGUGCAGGAGACAUUUGAGAAACCAUGCUGGUACUCUACCUCGACCACAUAAAUGUAUGGUUUGCGGCAAAGCGUUCAUCCAAAAGCGUCAUCUUUCCGAUCACUUGAAAACCCACUUACCCGUCACUGUCACUCACUCUCACCGGUUCCAAUGCGAUCAAUGUCCAAAGCACUUUUUUAAAGAAGAUCAAUUGACCAGACACAAGCUGCUGCAUGUCGGUAUAACGAAGCCGUGGAAUUGUAAUUUCUGUGAGAAAAGUUUCAAAACAAAUUAUACACGCGUCGAACACGAGCGAACGCAUACCGGAGAACAACCGUAUUCAUGCCCAAUUUGCGGCAGGCGAUUCGCCCAGCAGGCAUCGCUGCGAGGUCAUAGGAAAGUUCAUUUGAAACCUCCGAGGCCGACGUCAGGUCGUUCGAAAAAGAAAACGAAGCUGAAGGUAGAUAACUCGAUUGGAAGCGGGACAGGAGAGGCAACAGAUGCAUAAUAUGUUGGAUGAGAUUUGUAAUUGGCUUCGAUUGAGCUAUUUACCGAUUAAAUAAACUUUUGAACGAA